CCUCCCUAUGAGCCCAGUGACCGUCUGCGAGACAGCGAAACCCAGCCCGAAACCAGCCCGACACCCGCAGCCUGGCUGUGAGUCGGUGUGUGUGCUCACACACCGACUCACAGUCUCGCCGCAUCCCGCCAUCUCAGGGAGGAGAAAUCGGCGGAGCUGCAGCUGAGAAAAGAUUGAGUGUGUGUGUGAGGAAGUCCGGGAUUGGUCCAUUUGGACCAAUCCACGGACAUAACGUAACGGCUCCACGGAUUGGGCUAUUUGCAUAAAAACCUUCAUAACACACAAGGGGACGGGUAAUAACCGGAAAAGCAUGACAUGGGACCUUUAAUGAAUGAACUAAUUUCAGUCGGGUUUAGGAGUCAUUUUGCUGACUCGUGUUAACUGAGAGGAGACGCCAUCUUUAUCUUUGUCUGAUAUCAGUAUUAGGAUGCAGCAGCAGAGACCUGGACCCAGCUGUAAAAGGAGAAGGCAGGACACCGAAGAGGAACCAGAAAUGCUGGAUGAUUACUCACCUGUUGAUUCUUUGUCGGAUGAUGAGGACUCCCAGCAGUCAGAACGUGACACGGACAGUAGUGACCCUGAUUUUGGACUUCCAGAUCGGGAAACGAUGGAAGAUGAAUUACUGGAGACGUUUAUAGAGCAUCUGAGGGGAUAUGCCUGUGAACUGGAGCUGGACUCAAACACAGCUCACAGAGGACUCAAACUGUCUGAAGACAACAUGAAGGUGACAUCUGUGGAGGAGGAGCAGCCAUAUGCUGAUCAUCCAGAGAGGUUUGACUCCUGGAAACAGGUGAUGUGUAGAGAAGCUCUGACUCGUCGCUCUUUCUGGGAGGUCGAGUGGAGCGGAGAGGUUACUAUAGCAGUGACCUACAGAGGAAUCAGCAGGAAAGGAGUCAGUGAUGACUGUAAGUUUGGAGAGAAUUAUCAUUCCUGGAGUCUGGAGUGCGCUGAUGAUGGUUACACUGUCAGGCAAAAUAAGGAAAUCAUCACCCAAACCUCCUCCUCCUCCUCCUCCUCCUCCUCCUCCUCCUCCACCUCCUACUCUGGUAGAGUAGCAGUGUAUGUGGAUCCUCCUGAUUGCUCUCUCUCCUUCUACAGCGUCUCCUCCUCUGACAAACUGACCCACCUCCACACCUUCAGAGGCAUAUACGGAAACUUAUUCACAGUCAAGGAACCUCUCUUUGCUGGUUUUGGGCUCUUGUCUGGUUCCUCUUCAGUGUCUCUGUAGGUCUGAGAGUCUCUCCUCAGUGUCUCUGGUUCCUCUGCAGGUCUGAGAGUCUCUCCUCAGUGUCUCUGGUUCCUCUGCAAGUCUGAGAGUCUCUCCUGACGACAGAAACUGACUGCAGAUCAGUUCAGUGUGUUCACCAUCACACACACAUCUGUCUCACACUCAGACACAACACAUUUAUCUGAUUCCAUCCCUAUGGCUAACAUCAUUUUUAAACUUACAAAUAUAUAACAUUUCUACAUUUACAUUUGCUUGUUCUAUAUUUAGUUGUCUUGCGUGGGUUCAGAGAAACGUGUGAUGUUCUUCGGGGUAACGAUGUGUUUCCUCUGGUCUCCUGUGGUGCCUUGUAUCCUCUUUGAGCAGCGUCAGUGUUUGCUGCCAUGAACUGAUUCUGAAUCCAGUUUGAAGCCACAUGUUUCCCAUAUGCAGUGUGGUAUGCAAUAAUCAGACAUAUUAUUCUUUUUAUUCAAAAGAUGACGUAUUGUUUUUAUAAUGGUAGGAAACAUCUGAAAACAAAUUGCCUUCCUUAGCUUCCUCUUGAAUAAUACUGUAAUGUUAUAAAUGUAAAACUGUGAUAUUUUUCUUCUACUACUUCUACCACUGGCUCAGAUAAUGAAGAACAACAAAAUAAGUUACCAUAGCUAUGCGGAUGACACACACAUUUACGUAACAAUUUCACCAGGAGACUAUGCUCCAAUUCAAACACUGAGUAAGUGCAUUGAACAAAUCAAUGACUGGAUGUGUCAGAACUUUCUCCAAUUAAACAAAGAUAAAACUGAGGUAAUGGUUUUUGGAGCCAAGUCAGAACGUAUAAAAGUUAGCGCUGAGCUUCAGUCUGCAAUGUUCAAAACAACAG